CCCUCGCCAGUUGACGUUUCGCGGCAGGAGUAAGAGGUUACAGUGCAGCCGCAAUGGGAGACGAUAACCCUGAACGAGCCCUCGGGUCGGCGGAAGGCGCCCUGGCCAUCGUGGGCCUUCUAUAUUUGAGUAAACUCGCCAUCACCAACGCCUGGGCUAUCCUGACUGGCCUGAGAGCGCACGUCUGGUCGAGGCUGUGGAAUAGGAACUUCGUGCAGCGCUACGGCGAGUGGGCGGUGGUUACAGGCUGCACUGACGGGAUCGGCAAGGAGUACGCCAAGGAGCUUGCCAAGACCAAGAUGAAUAUUGUCCUGAUUUCUCGCACCCAGUCAAAGCUUGAAAAGGUUGCUGCAGAAAUAAGUGAGGAAUUUGGCGUGAAGACAGAAAUUGUUCGAGCUGACUUUUCAAAUGGCCAGCCCAUCUAUCAGGACAUUUCAAAGCAUCUUCAGGACAAAGAAAUUGGCAUCCUAGUAAAUAAUGUGGGAGUAAUGCUUCCCCAUCCAAUGAAAUUUGGAGAAGCAUCAGAGUUUGACGUCUGGAGUCAUGUUAACAUCAAUGUCGCAGCGACGCUUGCUAUGACAAAACUAGUUCUACCUGGAAUGGUGUCCCGACGCAAGGGUGCCAUCAUCAACAUUGCUUCAAUUGCAGGCACACAUCCACUACCCCUUAUGGGAAUCUAUGGUGCAACAAAGGCUUUUGUUGAUGACUUCUCCCAGUCACUGCAAUGGGAAUAUCGCAGCUCAGGAAUCACAGUUCAGACUGUUAACCCUUCUUAUGUGUCAACCAACAUGACCAGCUUUUCAGAUCUUGUUCACAAGCAGAGUCCAGUAGUCCCAACAGCAACAACAUUUGUGUCUCAUGCCAUUGCAACCAUAGGAUACACUUGUCGUACAAGUGGGUACUGGAUUCAUGGAAUUGCGAAACAUGCUGCGGAAAAUUACUGCCCAAAGUGGCUCUUCAUGUUCAGCAUGUAUAUGUGGAAUCUCCUCUUGCUACACAAUCUGAAAGAGAACAAGGAAUGAAGCAGAGAAGGACAGUGAAAAGAAUGCAGCACUUUUUAUAUUUUUCCACUUUGGUAAAUUGCUCACUUUAUUUAUAUAAUGUAUAUUUAAAUUUUUGUGUGAGUAUAAUAUUUGAUUUUUCAUUUUUAAUACAAAUCUGUUCUCUGUCAAUUUGUUAGUUAAAGCCAUUGUUUUAAUUUGAAUGGGAUACAGUGUGUCCUCGGUAUUCAUGAUUCAUCCAUUCAGAAAGACUGACAAAAACUGAAACAAUGUUUCCCUUAAGAAAUAAUGUAAAUCCAAUUAAUUCAUUCUAGACACCCAAAAAUAUUUCUAAAUAAUACAUUUUAAAGAGAAUAACUAUAGUUUUACAUACAGAAAACAUUGACAAAUAAAUAAAAUGACUAAUGAAAGGGAUAAAAGAUCAUUUAACAUCACUUUUACCUUUACCGAAGACUCUAUUUGGCAUAUGGAAAAUGUCCAGGAAAGGAGAGGUUAUUGUUUGGAAGGGGAAUCCCCAUCCUUAAGGUAUCAGGUGUCAAGGCCUGAGUCACAAACACAUGGAAUGCUUUGUGCAGGCGCUUGAUUCCAGGAAAUGAAUGGCCGACUCACACAGGCAGGUGUAUGGUUCAUUUGAACUGUGCAAAAUAUGCUAUGUAUGAAAACUGAGACAAAAUUUAAAUGAAAAAAGUCAUCGAAAACCGAAUCAUACAAAAACUAGGGCAUGUGAAAACCGAGGUUUUACUGUAUCCUCUAAUGAUUAUCCACAAUUGCAUUAUCAUGCAUUUUUGUAUCUAUAAUUCCGAGUCUCCAGCUCAAGGAAAUUGUAUUAAAAGAAAUUAAGUAGACUAGCCAAGAAAAAAAUCUAACUGUAUAAAUAGUAAAGUUAAUAAGGUAUAGGUUUUUUUAAUUUAUCUUGUGUUGUUAAAUGGAGUAUUUUAUUAAAUAACCAUUUUGUAA